AUGGCCCGCAACAGCUCAUGGGCCGAGCGUAUGCACACCGCCAACCCGGCGCUCUUUGCCCGCAACGCAAAGGGUCAGGCCCCGCAUGUGCUCUGGAUCGGAUGCUCAGACUCCCGCGUGGGCGAGUUCUGCAUCGACUUACUCCCCGGAUCUGUCUUUGUCCACCGAAACAUUGCAAACCUCAUGCCGUACGGAGAUCUUUCGUCACUCUCGGUCGUGCAGUUUGCCGUCGACACCCUCAAGGUCCGGCACAUCGUCGUCUGCGGACACUACGACUGCGGUGGUGCUGCUGCCGCGCUCGGAAACAAGUCGCUUGGAGUUCUUGAUCACUGGCUGAAACAUCUCCGCGACGUGCGCGCGCAGCACAAGGACGAGCUCGCGGCAAUUCAGGAUCCGAAGGCGCGCUUGAACCGUCUUGUCGAGCUCAACGUCGUCGCGCAGGUUCACCACGUCCGCCGGAUGGCUCCUGUGGUUGAGGCACUCAAGCAAGGACGGAUCGCAGUCUACGGAAUGGUCUACGACGUAUCCUCGGGUCACAUCAAGCCGAUCGAGGUUCCGCAUGACGACAACGAGAUGGACUAUCUCGUGUACUCCAACGACGAGGACUUUGAGCACUAA